AUGAACACAAUCAUCUACCUCAUCGCGUUCGCCGGAGUUGCCCUCAGCGCACCUGGCAUUAUGGAUAGUCUCCGCGGUCGUGGUGACCAUGGAGGCCUCAAAGACUCACUUCUGCCACCGUUCCUUCGCAAUGUUUCCAGAGAGGCCCGAAAGGAGUACUUCAAAAUCAUAAUGAGCAAGAACGAGACAAUCGCCGAGCAGAAAAAGGAAGAGCUUGAAUGGGCUAAGAAGUACGACGUUGAGAAGGAGCUCAACAAAAACGUAAGCGAGCUUAUCGAAGCUUUGCCAUCGGCUUUGGACGAGUUUUCGAAAGUCAUGGAGAAUGACGAUCAGACCCAUGCCGAACGCAGGAGAGCCAUAAAGGACCUUGUCGCUGAGAAGCCGAAGGAGUACAGCGUCUUAUUCUUUGCCCUCCGCAAAGAAAUAUUCAGCAGACACUCACGUGAUCUCAAGGACAUGAUGGAAUUGCGUAUGAAGGAAUGA